CUUAUAGAUACUACGAACACCACGAAAACUGCAGCAAGUUCUGAGUUCUAGGCUCAGACCGUUUUUUGUUUGUUGUAGGGAAUAUGUCAGUACUUUGGUAUUCCUCGGUCCAUCUCAUUAUAGAUAUUUGCGGUUUGUUACUGUAGCGCUAUUUGAGUACAGAGAAGAGACCGGAAACACUCAAAAAUCCACAGCUCUACUGACCGCAAAAGAAGUAGACGGAGAUCGAUACAAGAUUUUUAAGCACCGCUGUUGCAUUGGUCCGUCCGAGAAUAGCAGCAUGCUCCGUUAAGUCACCACACGGUAAAUCAACGCUUCUCCAGAGCAAUCGCUGACUGCAUCUCGUCUUCAUCAACGUCACUAGCUCGGUUGCUGAGACCUCGACAUCGCAGUAGGUCUACGACAUCAUCGAAAAAACAGAUAAGAUGGCGCGACGUAAUCCAAAUGUCGAUGCGCUCGAAAUGCGAAGUUUGGUGGACGACCAUGAAGAUCGGGUCUAUCCUUCCAGUGUGGACGCUGUGCUGAUCCGUUCCCGCACCACCAGCGGCUGGUCGAAGCUGAUCCUGCUCGCCAUUCUGAGCUUCGCUACGAUCUCCUUUUCGGUACUACGUAGUGGACUAGCAUAAUAGAAGAAGAAAUCCUAAUCAGUGCAGGCAGAUUUGACAGGAUACCAGAAACAUUAGCGCGCUGAGCGUACUCGGAUGAAAAGCUCAGAUAGAACUGCGUCCCACAUGAUAUUCGUCUAAAAUCCGUAGUACCUUUUCCGAACAUAUUAAACAUCGGGGCCCUUGGUCUAAAACUGAAGCAGUGCAACUUCAUCUUCUCUAUGUGGAGGCUUUAGGAGGUCAUCGUUUUUCUUAAGAGUUUUAAGCUUCACAGAAUUGUGAAGUCGGGCAUGGAUGGUCGUGAUUCAACUGGUCCUUGUCACAGGUAAAUCACGACUACCUCUCCUUCGCCUUCUCGAAUGGUCGCGCGAGUGUCGAGACGAGGCAAAGCAGACGUGCGUCAAACAACGCUUUUCUUGAAAUCGUUCAUGAAAAUCGGAAACUUGAGGAGGGCAGAGUCGCCGCUGCUACGGGUAAUGAGCAUAGUUCUCACGCUUAGCUCCUUUAAUAAAAUACGAGCUUAGCUCCUUUAAUAAAAUACAAAGGACUCUUGAUGAAUCUUGCUGAUCAUUUCUGAUAUGGUUGUUCCAUCAUGAUCCUCCUAUGCAGAAGUUUUGUGGUGUAGGUAGGUUACCAUGAUAGGCUGUGACAUUUGAAACUCAUGUCGAAAAUAUUUUUUUACGUCCGUCUGUUAUAUCGCUCAUGAUUUACGAUUACGAACACCAGGUGAUGACGAUGAAGAUGAUCAAAAAGAGGAGAAGAAGAAAGAGGAGAAGAAGAAAGAGGAGAAGAAGAAAGAGGAGAAGAAGGCUGAGGAUGUCGAUGACAAAGAGGGUGAAGAGGCGGAUGACGGGAAGAAAGCCGACGGGGGUGCACCGGCUGCGAAGACCGGUGAUGACUCAUCAGCAUCAUGCUGCGGUGGGGACGCGGUGCCGCCAGCAGAAUCUGGAAAGAAGGAUGGUGAGAAAUCGGAGAAGAAAGAGGGAGAUGACGAAGAUGAGGGCGAAGAAGGCGAGGACAAAAAGGCCAAAGAUGGCGAGGAUGAUGACGACACGGAUCAAACUUAAGGCGCCCUUUUUGAUGUUAUCCAAAAUACCGAUUGAAUCACAAUUCAAGACAAUACAUCGUGACUCAAUCACAAUAACCUGCAAGGGGAAAUCUACUUGACAGCGCGGAGGUACAUAUGAAGAUGUACGAGAGAAAGAUGAAUCGAUUCGUAAAAAGCGCCAUCUUUUAUAGAUACCUUCAUUUUGCACGUGCACCACCAAUCCUCCGUCAAACGUGUAGUUCUCGAGACUGGUUUUUGACUUGGAUCGUGCACUUCACUCUUCUAAUCAGACGGGAAAGCAGGAACGGAAGACGCACCAAAGGAGGGGGGCAGCUGCAGCUCUUGCUGCUUGUUCAUCGCUUUCAUCAUCGUUCUCCUUGUCACAGGCGUUGCUGGCUUUCUCGUGAUGCGGGCGAAAGGCAAGAGCCGCUUGACGCAAGGCCAAGGCAGUGACGAGUGGGAAGCCGGUGGUGAAACCUGGGACGAGACCGCCAACUGGGACUACGAAGCAGAAGCGUAUCAAGAGGGCUACGCGGAUACCCAGGUCGACGAGUUCGGCGGAGAGCAGGGCGCAGACGAACAGUGGGAUCAGAGCAAUAAUGCCAACUAUGGGUCAGCCGGCAACUAUGCGUCAGGUGCCGGAGGCCAGUACUAA